AUAUUAUGAUUACAUCUUUGGUUAUUCCCAAUGGCAAAAUCGGGGUCAAAGGCCGCUUCAUGCUGGAACAGAGUUAUUGCAGCUUCAAGUCAUAAUUAGCUCCAAAGAUUCUGAGUGUGACAAUUAUCCCAACAUCACGUCUAAUGAGGCCUAUCAGUUAAGUGUAACAGAACCCAUGGCAGUACUGAAGGCAGAAAAGGUCUGGGGUGCAUUAAGAGGUUUGGAAACCUUCAGCCAGUUGGUCUAUGAAGAUGAUUACGGGAGUUUCCUUAUCAAUGAAUCAGAAAUCACUGACUACCCAAGAUUUGCCCACAGAGGAAUCUUACUUGAUACAUCAAGACACUUUCUACCCCUCAAAAGUAUUCUUACAAACCUGGAUGCCAUGGCUUUUAACAAGUUUAAUGUUCUCCACUGGCACAUAGUAGAUGACCAUUCAUUCCCUUACCAGAGCACCACUUUCCCUGAGUUGAGUGGCAAGGGAUCUUAUUUUUAUAAUCACGUCUACACUCCAACUGAUGUCCGUCUGGUGAUUGAGUAUGCUCGGUUAAGAGGCAUUAGGGUUAUCCCAGAGUUUGAUACCCCGGGACAUACACAAUCUUGGGGCAAAGGUCAAAAAGACCUUCUCACACCAUGUUACAAUGGAGAACACCGGAGUGGUUCUUAUGGUCCUGUUAACCCCAUUUUGAAUACAACUUAUCAUUUUAUGACGGAUCUCUUCCAAGAAAUUAGCCAAGUAUUUCCUGAUACCUACGUCCACUUGGGAGGAGAUGAAGUGGACUUCUCUUGUUGGAAAUCUAACCCUGAUGUGACAGAGUUUAUGAAACAGCAAGGAUUUGGCACUGACUAUGCUAAACUGGAAUCUUACUAUAUUGAGAAAAUCUUGGGUAUUGUUUCCUCUGUUAACAAAGGAUACAUAGUCUGGCAGGAGGUGUUUGAUAAAGGUGUGAAGAUAAAAUCUGACACAAUAGUUGAAGUGUGGAUUGGAAAUUUGUAUACUACAGAACUAAGCAAUGUAACGAGAGCUGGGUUCACCACAAUCCUGGCAGCCCCCUGGUACCUAGACUAUAUUAGUUAUGGACAGGAUUGGAAGAAAUACUACAACGUACAGCCACUAAACUUCAGUGGAUCUGAAAAGCAAAAAAAGCUGGUGAUAGGUGGAGAAGCCUGCCUUUGGGGAGAAUUUGUGGAUGCAACUAACCUGACACCAAGAUUAUGGCCUCGAGCAAGUGCUGUCGGGGAGAGGCUCUGGAGCAGUGAAAAUGUGACUAACAUAGGGGAUGCUUAUAACAGACUAGUGAAGCAUCGUUGUCGCAUGGUCAGACGUGGAAUAGCAGCUGAACCCCUGUAUGUCGGAUACUGUGAUCAUGAAAUUAGAGAACUGUAAUCACUGAAGCAAGAUUUCACUAAAUUAUGUGAAGUUCCUUUGUAGGAAGUGAAUCUGCACGUUCAGCACCUGAGAUUUGCACUGAAAAAAUAGAUCCUGAAAAGCUGGAAGUUAGUUAUGUAUGUUUCUGGCAGAAGUCAGAUGUUUUAAAGUUACAGAAAUUGAUAUUAAUACAAUAAUAAAUCACAAUAGGUGUACAAAGAGUCAAGGACUCGUCUGCUGAAGCUUCUGUAUACAGAUAGUCCCCAACUUACGAACGAGCUAUGUACCAAACACU